UGUCAGUGUUUGUGUGAUGAAGACGCGGGUUCUGCCGUGGAGGAGAUCUUGAGAACUUCUUUAUCUCGAUCGUAAUGCGGUUGACUUUCCGCCUUAUUUUAGUUGAAGAGGCUCUGUAAAUUGCCGGAGAUGAAGAUGAUCCAAGACGAAAAAGUCUUAGAAAUAUUAUCUCUAGUUAUUUUAACGUGAAUAGUGAAAGGAAAAUGCACAUAUUACAUGAAUUGAUACCAUAAUGUUUUAUUAUUUAACUCUGCGAUGUAGAAGUGAACCAGAAAAUCAAUUGUUACGAGUGUGUAGCUGAAUGUGGAAGUUACAGAGAACAAAUGAUGGAAAUUUUAUUCACUGUGCUCAGUGUCGCUCGAGCGAGAGGUAGUUACGAAUGACAGCAGAGAAAAUGCCCUCAUCUCCAUGGUAGCGUCACCGUGGGUACUGAGCUACUUGGUGUUACUAGUAGUGACUCAGUACAAGCAGCGAGUGGUCGUGGCAGCGCUGGUGUUGAGAGCAGCUAUGACGAGGCUCCUGACGGUGUGCCUCGAGGCCGACACCCACCUUUCGCAGGCCCCGCUGACGCUCCUCCAGACGGGGGACCAGGACGAGGAGCAGGCGCAGGAGGAGGAGCUACAGGGCUCGGAGGAUGGCUUGGAAGAAGACCGAGCGGGUGAGAGGAAUGAGGUGGAGAGAGAAAAGAGAGAGGGAGGGGAAGAGAAGGCGCCCGAGGAAGAGAGUUUAUCGGAGAGUGACGGUAGUGAAGAGACAGAGUAUAUUAAAGGAGAGAUGAUAAGUGACUUAGAUGUGUCAGAAAACGAGGGGGACGCAUAUGAAAGAGCGAAGGGCAGUGAGGGAAAGACCGAUAAUUUGAAGAGUGAUGGUGAAGAGAGACAGUCACUCGAGGAUGGUGGUGGUGUAGUUAACGUGUUAGAGUGUUACACAGGAGCAUCUGGCGAACGACUGGUAUUGGACAAUUCUUUCAUCGUCGACGGUAAAUGUUAUGAAACCGAUGUGACAAAGAAUUCAGUAAUGGAAAACGUCAAGGAAGACGAAUCGAAAGAAAACGAGGAGUCCCCGCGCGAGUAUGAGCAUAAGAAAGAAUGGGAAGUUCAAAGAAAACGGAGUGUGGAGCUAGGGGGACGAAUCUCUUCUGAAGUUCUGGGAGAGUUUUUGGAUGACGAUGAAGACGAGGACGAUGUGGAACAUCUGUGUACUGCCGACGAGGAAUCUAUCUUUGGUGACGAUAUGGAUUCCAGUUUUGGUGUUAAAGACGAAGAUCAUAGUUUUGACGCAAGAUCAGAAUGUGACCAUGAGGAAAUCAAGAUAGAACAUUUACAUGGACAUCACGGUGACAUACAGAAAGGAAACGAAAAAGAUAGCGUCAGCAGUGUGGACAAGGACAGCAUAAAGGAGGAAGAUUCCAGUUUGUCUGACAGCCUAACGGACGUCCCAAGUGAGAUCGAUCUAAAUGCUGAUCGGGGGAAAGACGCCGAGAGCCUCAGAGGUGAGAGUGAGGAUGGUGGCGAGAAGGUGCCAAAGGGAAAGGGAAGUUUACGCCUGAAAACCAGAGACGAAGUCGACGCUGCAAUUCGAUGGAUCAAGGACUUCCCUGCCCCGCUGCCGGGCCCGAAGUGCACGUGCAAAGUGCCCGGAACGCCGCCGUGGAAACCUGUUCAGCCGAGCUUCUUUCCGGCCCCAGAGACUCCGAAGCUCUCCUACACCACCACCGUGCUCUCCCUCGACAAACAGCUGGUGACGGUGAAGCUUCGGCGGCCCAGGAGCUCCUCUUUUAACCCCCAGAGCGUUUGCGAAAGGGAGAGAGAGGUUGGGGGCGGUGGGGCCCUCGCGGACCGCCGGGGAAGGGUAAGCCUGGGCGAGGGCGACCUCAGCUUCUCCUCGGAGGAGUCGGCAGUAGCUCGCAGAGGAAACUCUAAGGAUCUCAAAGAAAAACGCCGCGUCUUGCGGUCGUGGAGUUUCUGGGGCAGCAGGUCCUCACAAGAUGACUUUUCGACUCCAGCCGCCGCUCCGUCUCCCUUUUCGUCGCCCUCGCCCCGUUCGUCGCCGCUGUGCGGCUCGACCCUCGCCAACCUGGCCAGUCCUCUGCGAUGGUCUCGCGUGCUGAAUGAGAAGCGGAAGAGCGCGCAGUCAUGCAUCUUCCCCGACGCUUGCACACCAGCGACGCCCAUCGGCGGAGGCCUGGCGUCGAGGGUGAGUUCCGAGCCCAGCGUGACCCCCCGGGCGCGCAGUGGUAGCCACGGAGACGUCAGCGUCACGCCCAGACGCCCCUCGAAGAGUCUAAGUGGCAAGCGAAAGGCAGUCAGAUCCUGCAUAUUCCCAGAUACCGUCAGUGAAGAUUAUACGCCUUACAUGGUAUCAACACCAAAGGAAUACGAGGAAAGGCAAAUCGUUGCCACGCCAGUUUGUGUAUCGCCGAACCCCCGAGGGAUGUCUCCCGACUCCUUCGCAAGUCGCUGCGACUCCGGGUACAGGACGCCUGAGCCAAGGAUCACUCGGUCCGAGUCACAGUUAGUUAGGUCAGAACCCCCGAGGAUAAUGCCGGAGUCGAGGGCGAAGAAGGGGCUGUCCCGGCCCAAACGCCCUCAGUCUCUCAUCAUCAUCCCCGAGACCCAGGUGGGGCUGCAGGAGUCCCCGAAGCGAAGGCAGGAGAUGCCGCCGAGGAGACCCCAGUCCCUCAUGAUUCCUCCGCCAGAGGUGCUGAUUCCGAGGAGGACCCCGCACGCUUCUCCUCGCGACGCCCACCCAGGCCUGCACCCAACGCGUCGCCACUCCAUCUCUCAGUUCCCGCGAUGGUCGCCUGGCGGGGAGACCGGCAGGGAGGUGCUCACGCCCCAUGGCCAGUCCCCUCGCACGUGCAGGCCUGCCCACGUGCACAGCGCCUCCCCGGCCGCAAGGAGCGUCGAGCCAGUGGUGCGAAGAGCGACGUCCUCGGCGGAGAGGGAUCGCCGGAGACACGUUCACUCGUGGUCCUUCAGCCCGAGCGUGUCCUGCGUUCCCUUCAAUCCAAUGAUUUCGCUGUCAGAAGGGCGGCCUCUCCAGCCCAGUGUCAUUCGCUCUGUCAGACCACGCCCGCUUUUCCCCAAGGACGCCGAGGUCUUCGAGCACCCAGCUUCAGAAGCGUGAGUU